AGCCAAGAAGGAUCAAUCUGCAGGAAAAAGGGGGAGGUGGACAUUAAGCAUCUUCUAGAAACUCUUCUAGCUGAUACCAUGAAACGACGACAAAAGAGGAAACAUUUGGAAAAUGAAGAGUCUCAGGAAACCGCUGAGAAGGGAGGAGGAAUGUCAAAGUCCCAAGAGGAUGCCCUGCAGUCUGGAUCCACUAGAGUGGCCAAAGGCUGGAGCCAAGUGGUGGGAGAAGUUACUUCUACCUCCGAAUACUUCUCCUGUGUUUCUUCUUCAUGCAAGCUCAUCCACGGUGGAAUCCAGAGAAUACAUCGAGGCAGCCCCCAGCCUCAAUCACCCAUGGCCCAGGUUCAGGAACGAGGAGAGACUCCUCCCCGCUCACAGCAUGUCUCCUUGUCAUCCCACUCAUCCUAUAAGACUUGUGUGUCCUCUCUGUGUGUAAACAAAGAGGAAAGGGGCAUGAAAAUAUACUACAUGCAGGUACAAAUGAAAAAAGGUGUGGCUAUCUCCUGGGAGACAGAGGAAACUUCGGAGUCCUUAGAAAAGCAGCCAAGGAUGGAAGAAGUGACCCUUGCUGAGGUUGUGAGGGUAGGUACUCCCCCCUCUGAUGUGUCCACCAGAAACCUCCUGUCUGACAGUGAGCCCAGCGGGGAGGAGAAAGAGCAUGAGGAAAGGACAGAAUCAGACAGCCUGCCAGGCUCACCCACCCUUGAGGACACACCCAGGGCCAGGACUCCUGACUGGCUGGUGACCGUGGAGAACGGCUUCAGGUGCAUGGCCUGCUGCCGGUUGUUCACCACCAUGGAAGCCCUCCAGGAGCAUGUGCAGUAUGGGAUCAGAGAGGGCUUCAGCUGCCACAUCUUUCAUCUUACCAUGGCUCAGCUGACAGGGAACAUGGAAUCAGAGAGCACCCAAGACGAGCAGGAGGAGGAAAAUGGAAAUGAGGAGGAGGAGGAAGAGAAACCAGAAGCAAAGAAGGAGGAGGAGGGGCAGCCCACAGAGGAAGACCUUGGUCUGAGGAGAUCCUGGAGCCAAUGUCCAGGCUGUGUGUUUCAUUCUCCAAAGGACAUUCCAAAGGACAGGAACAGGUGAGACUAAUGGGCCAGAGGAUACUGCAAGAUGGUGUGGCCUUCUCUUGCA